CCUCAGCGCGCAGUGCGGGCGGACGGUCGGGCGGGGAGACGGAGUGCUGGGAGGGGCCUCUCGGCGCUGGGUCGCGAGGAGCAGGCUGAUGUUUCUCCCCAGGCGGUCGUGAGCGGGGGCUUGGCGGGGAGACCGCAGGGCCAGCGGGUACCCGGGACGCCGGGGCGGGGCUGCAUUCUGGACCCGUUAGCUCAGCGGUCCCGGAGGCUGACUCAUCGCCCCGGUCACAAACAAACACAGCUCCCCACCAUGUCAGAUGUCCCACACAGCCGAGAGGCACAGCGCCAAGCCUGCAUCACCCACGCACAUGCCACCCGCCCCCAGUCUCGUCGCCCUGACUUGUGAGGAACCCUUCCUUACACACACCCAGAACUCAGCACACGCUCUACACAUCUUGUACCCAGCGCAUUCCGCAGCACCUGCUGCUCCCGCGCUCACACACUUACCACUCACACGCGGCCUCUACCCCACUCACAGUCACACCAGCAACUCCUUUACACACGCAGCUCCUCAUACACACACCUCCCUCACACGCGUAGUUCCCCAUCGACACACACACACCACCGCUACACCCGCAGGCCCCUGCCCGCAGCUGCUCCGCAGGGAGCGGGCGGUGUCUGUGGGGCCACUCGUUUCUCCCGCGGCGCAAACAAGCGGCUCCUUCUACCCGGUCUGCCAAAGAAAGGCCGCUUGUCCGGAGGCAGCGGCGGGCGGGGCGGCCAAACACUGCGGCCUUGUCCCACCUGGCUAAUACCCCGCUCAGUCCUCGACUGCGAGACGUGCACUUUCCCGCCCCGCCUCCACUCCCACUCCCACCCCCACCAGAAUAAAAAUCGGAGUCCUAACUACGCUCACGCCUCUGUCUCCGGCUCCACGUCCUCUCAGCUGGAUCGCCUGCCCUCGCUAUCCCACUGCGGGAACACUGGCUGCCCUCAGCCUCCUCUGCCUUCAGCUCCCUGGGUCCGACCCCAGGUCGCCUCCACCGCCUUCGGUGCCGUCUGCUGCUUCCCAGAUCCUCGAGGACCCUUCUGUCCUCAGUCGCCCCUUCUUCUUCCCCUCCUCCCCAGCUUUCUUUUUACCUCAUCCCUCAGUCUCCGCUUCCAUUUUCCCUCCAGAUACCUUCUCUUCCCCUCCUCGCCCCAUCCUUUCACAGACCCCUCACUUUCCUCAUCCAUCAUUUCGGUCCGUCCCAGGCCUUUCCACAUCCCCUCUGGGCCCCCGCCCUGCUCCUGCGACCCGUCCUCUGAGCUCCUAGCCUCAGUUUCCUUCUAUUCCCGACUCCUUCCUCUGUUGGUAGCCCUUCCUUGAGGGCGGAUGUGUGCUGAGAAGGCGGGGAAGGCGGCGGGCCGCAGCCGUGUGACGCCCGGGGCGAGGCUUCAGCGGGCCUCCGGGCCACAGAAAUCCAGGCCUCUGCCACCCAGCGCCGAGGAGGGCUACCGAGAGCCAGAGCUGACCGCGGUGCAUCUGUCCCGCCUGUCUUGCUGAAGAGGCGGACUCGCACCACAAGGUGCUUUUUUGGGCAAAGGGCGGGGCGAGGUUUCCCAGAAAAGCCGCGGAGAUUGCGCCGGGUGAGCGGACUCCAGAUGUCCGAGGGUCCUCAGCUGGGUGCUCGGUGUCAGAGGCAAGAAAGCACAGAAAUACAGGAGCUCUAGAGACCCAGGACCAUGGACACUCUGAAUAGGAACCAGAUAGGCCCUGGAUGCAAGACUCAAGCAAUGGUGCAGAAAGGACCCUUGGACCUGAUUGAGACAGGCAAAGGACUUAAAGUGCAAACAGACAAACCCCAUCUAGUGAGCCUGGGAAGCGGGCGACUCAGUACAGCUAUCACCCUUCUGCCGCUGGAGGAAGGGAGAACAGUGAUUGGCUCUGCAGCCAAGGACAUCACACUGCAGGGUCCAGGCCUGGCUCCAGAGCACUGCUACAUUGAGAACCUGCGGGGCACCCUCACCCUCUACCCUUGUGGCAAUGCCUGUGCUAUUGAUGGGCUCCCUGUCCAGCAGCCCACCCGGCUCACUCAGGGCUGCAUGUUGUGCCUGGGCCAGUCCACCUUCCUCCGCUUUAAUCACCCGGCCGAAGCCAAGUGGAUGAAAAGCAUGAUUCCGGCAGGGGGCCGGGCCCCUGGGCCCCCCUACAGCUUUGGCCCAGCAGAAUCAGAAAGCCUGGUGAAUGGGAACCACACCCCACAGCCUGCACACCAGGGGCCCUCAGCCUAUGCCAGCCACAGUUCCCUGGUGAGCUCUAUUGAGAAGGACCUGCAGGAUAUCAUGGAUUCACUGGUGCUAGAGGAACCUGGAGCUACUUGCAAGAAGCCUGCUGCAACGUCCCCACUGUCGCCGAUGGCUAAUGGUGGUCGUUACCUGCUGUCCCCUGCAACCAGCCCUGGCACCAUGUCUGUGGGCUCCAGCUAUGAGAACACCUCUCCAGCCUUCUCUCCACUCUCCUCACCAGCCAGCAGCGGAAGCUGUGCCAGCCACUCACCCAGUGGGCAUGAGCCAGCACCUUCUAUACCUCCACUGGUGCCUGCUCGUUCCUCAAGCUACCAUCUGGUUCUGCAGCCCCUGCAGUCCCGACCUAGUGGUGCCCGCUCCUCUGAGAGCCCUCAGCUGGGCAGGAAGGCAGGUCAUGAGAAGCCUCUCAGUCCUGGCCUCCGGGGUCUGCUGACAGACAGCCCUGCAGCUACAGUCUUGGCAGAGGCCCGCAGAACCACCGAGAGCCCCUGGCUGGGUGGGCAGCUGCCUGUGGUGGCUAUCAGCCUGAGUGAAUACCCAGCUUCCAGUGCCCACAGCCAACCCACCAGCAUUCCUGGCAGCCCUAAGUUCCAGCCUCCAGUCCUUGCUUCCCACAACAAAACUGGCACACUUCGGGACUGCCCUUCCAGCCCUCUCAGUGAGCUGCCAGGCACUGAGCGGGUUUUGACAACCAGCCCCUCACGCCAGUUGGUGGGCCGAACAUUUUCAGAUGGGUCAUCCACCCGCACCUUACAGCCUCCUGAGAGUCCCCGCCUGAGCCGGAGGGGCCUGGACAGUAUGCGAGAACUCCCUCCCUUGAGCCCAUCUCUGUCCAGACGGGCUCUCUCUCCCAUGCCCUCUCGGACCACCCCAGAUCCCAAGAUAUCCAGGGAAGUGGCAGAGAGUCCCCGGCCCCGGCGCUGGGCAGCCCAUGGGGUUUCACCAGAGGACUUCUCACUGAUUGUAGGGGCACGGGGCCAUAGGACACGGAGUCCCUCUCCUACACUUGGGGAGUCCCUGGUACCUCGCAAGGGCAGCUUCAGUGGCAAGCUGAGCCCAGCCUAUAGUCUGGGUUCUUUGACUGGAGCUUUGCCCCGACAGAGCCCCCGUGCCCAGAGGAAGCUCUCCAGUGGAGACUUACAGGUGCCUGUCACUCGAGAGCGGAAAAAUAGCAUUACAGAGAUCAGUGACAAUGAGGAUGACCUUCUGGAGUACCACCGGCGGCAGCGCCAAGAGCGGCUUCGGGAGCAGGAGAUGGAGAGGCUGGAACGGCAGCGCCUGGAGACCAUCCUCAACCUUUGUGCAGAGUACAGCCGUGCUGAUGGGGGACCUGAGGCUGGGGAGCUGCCCAGCAUCGGGGAGGCCACUGCAGCAUUGGCAUUGGCAGGCCGGAGGCCCUCACGAGGCUUUUCAGGGUCCAUUGGAACCUGUGGGCGGAGCAAUGAGGAGCCUGGAGCUGCCACCCAACACCUGUGGGAGAGUGUGGAACGCUCAGAUGAGGAAAAUCUCAAAGAGGAAUGCAGUAGCACUGAGAGCACCCAGCAAGAGCAUGAAGAUGCACCUAGCACCAAACUCCAAGGAGAGGUGCUGGCCCUGGAGGAGGAGCGGGCUCAGGUGCUGGGGCAAGUGGAGCAGCUCAAGGUCCGUGUGAAGGAGCUGGAGCAGCAACUGCAGGAGUCGGCUCGAGAGGCAGAAAUGGAGCGGGCACUGCUGCAGGGGGAGAGGGAGGCAGAGUGGGCCCUGCUGCAGAAGGAGCAGAAGGCAGUGGACCAGCUACAGGAGAAGCUGGUGACCCUGGAGACAGGCAUCCAAAAGGAGAGGGACAAGGAGAGGGCGGAGCUGGCCACGGGAAGGAGGCACCUGGAGGCCCGCCAGGCGCUCUACGCCAAGCUCCAGAUGCAACUCGAUAACUGCCCCGAGUCAGUGCGGGAACAGUUACAGGAGCAGCUGAGAAGGGAGGCAGAGGCCCUGGAGACAGAGACAAAGCUCUUUGAGGACUUGGAGUUCCAGCAGCUGGAGCGGGAGAGCCACGUGGAAGAGGAGCGGGAGCUGGCCAGCCAGGGGCUUCUCUUGAGCAAGGCUGAGCUUCUCCGCAGCAUCACCAAGAGGAAGGAGCGCCUGGCAGUCCUGGACAGUCAGGCUGGGCAGAUCCAGGCUCAGGCUGUGCAGGAGUCGGAGCGCCUGGCCCGGGACAAGAACGCCUCCCUGCAGCUGCUGCAGAAGGAGAAGGAGAAACUGACUAUGUUGGAAAGAAGAUACCACUCACUCACAGGGGGCAGGCCUUUCCCAAAGACCACGUCAACUCUCAAAGAGGCUGAACUGCUCAUCUCCGAGUCCUCGGAGAGGGAGCUGGGGACUGUGGCUCUGGGCGCAUUCCCAGGGUCAUCUAAGGCUGGCGCCUCCUCUGUCCCUUUAACCCCACCUGCUUUCACUCAGCUCUGCCCCAAAGCACAAGAGAUGGAGAAGCUGCUGCUCCCUGCUAUAGACUUAGAGCAAUGGUACCAGGAGCUGAUGGCCGGGCUGGGGACUGGCCCUGCUGCAGCCUCCCCUCGUUCUUCCCCCCCGCCUCUGCCCACCAAAGCUUUUCGUCAACUGCAGGUUUACCGCUCCAAGAUGGAUGGGGAAGCCACCAGCCCUCUGCCCCGUAACCGCAGUGGCCCCCUUCCCUCUUCCUCUGGUUCUUCUUCCUCCUCCUCCCAGCUCAGUGUGGCUACCUUGGGCCGUAGCCCCUCCCCAAAGGGUGCUCUACUCGCCCAGAAUGGCACAGGAAGCCUUCCUCGCAACCUGGCAGCCACAUUGCAGGACAUUGAGACCAAGCGCCAGCUGGCCCUGCAGCAGAAGGUCGAGUUGCUUCCUGCCGAGCCCCUCCCAACCGACGACCCAGCAGGACAGCAGGUAAUUGAGGAGCAGCGGCGGAGACUGGCUGAGCUGAAGCAGAAAGCAGCAGCUGAGGCUCAGUGCCAGUGGGAUGCCCUGCAUGGGGCAUCCCCCUUCUUGGCAGGCCCUUCGGGCUUCCCCCCACUCAUGCACCACUCCAUCCUGCACCACUUGCCGGCUGGGCGGGAGCGUGGGGAGGAGGGUGAACAUGCCUACGACACACUGAGCCUGGAGAGCUCCGACAGCAUGGAGACCAGCAUCUCCACGGGAGGCAACUCAGCCUGUUCCCCUGACAAUGUGUCCAGUGGCCUGGAUGUCAGCAAGAUCGAGGAGAUGGAGAAGAUGCUGAAAGAAGCUCACGCAGAGAAGAGCCGGCUCAUGGAGUCGAAGAAGCAGGAGAUGGAACUACGGCGGCAAGCCCUGGAGGAGGAGCGGAGGCGGCGGGAGCAGGUGGAAUGGAGGCUGCAGAGUGAGAGCACCAGGAGGCAGCAGCUGGUGGAGAAGGAGGUCAAGAUGCGGGAGAAACAGUUUUCUCAGGCACGACCCUUGACGCGCUACCUCCCAGUCCGGAAGGAAGACUUUGAUUUGAAGACCCACAUCGAGUCCUCAGGCCACGGUGUGGAUACCUGCCUGCAUGUGGUACUCAGCAGCAAGGUGUGCCGUGGCUACUUGGUUAAGAUGGGCGGCAAGAUUAAAUCAUGGAAGAAGCGCUGGUUUGUCUUCGAUCGGCUCAAGCGUACCCUUUCCUAUUAUGUGGACAAGCAUGAGACAAAAUUGAAGGGGGUCAUCUAUUUCCAGGCCAUUGAAGAGGUAUACUACGACCACCUGCGCAGCGCAGCCAAGAGCCCAAACCCAGCCCUGACCUUCUGUGUGAAGACCCAUGACCGGCUGUACUACAUGGUGGCCCCAUCUGCGGAGGCCAUGCGCAUCUGGAUGGAUGUCAUUGUCACUGGGGCUGAGGGCUACACUCAGUUCAUGAACUGACUGUUGUGGGCCUCUUGGACCCUCUGGCAGGCCCCAGGACUCAUGCCUGACCACCUGCUGCUCUGCUUGUCCCUGGAGACAGUCACACCCUGGGCCCCAGGCCUCAUUGGGUACUUCCAGAGGCCCUGAGAGAGUAGAGCUUAACUGGUGCUUUUGUAUAAGAAGACUUUGCAAUGUUGUGCAGGGAGCUCAUUCUUCGUUCUUUGAGGUUCCGAGCUUGGGCCUCUUAAAGAACCAAUCAGGAGAUCAAAAGUGGGGAGGGGGCUUUACAGCCUCCAGGGAGCCCAGCACUUGCAAUAACCCUUCAGGGUCUUGUGCUCCCCAGCAUGUGUUCUCUUUUGUAAAGAACAGUCAUGGUACCAGAGUCUGCCAAAGAUCCCCUCUUGCCUCAGCCCCCUUUGCAGGGGCUUUAGGGGCUGAGCAGCACCACAUCCAGAGUGGAGAAACAGCUCAGGCAGUGUACCUCUCAAACCCUGCUUUUACCCCUUUGUUUUCUCGCGUUCAUAUUUUUUUAUUACUUCGCUCAAGGGCCAGAGAUUUCAAGUUUUGUCCUCGCGGUUUCAGUCCCAUUCCCUUUUUGCAGACCCAUUGCCAUGGUCACCAUAGUAACUGCUUUAUUGCCAUGGUUACAUACUAAUUGUCUUGGCUCCAUGGCUCAGCGGCUCAGCCCACCGCCUAAGCUGUGGGCCCAUCUGAGGGUACCUGCCCUCAUCUCCCCAGUCCAGGCCCUUGGGCAUCUCAUGCUGGGGGGAAGGAACCAAACACCUCCCUGCCCCCAGCCUGUGUCUCUAGGCUCUGAUGCACAGACUGCUGGCCACCCUGGGCCAGCUCUCUCCCUCCCACUCGUGCCUUGGUUAGAGCCAGAAGGGAUGAAGCCAGGGUAUCUGAUGCAGAGGAGGGAUGUGGAUGAUUGAGAAAACCAGAAGGGCUGAAUUUCUGACAGAGACAGAGGGCUGCUCCAUGAGAAAACCUGAGCAGGAGAGGAGCAGCAGAGAAGGAACACCUUGAAGCCCAGCAACCCUCCUUCAGCCUCAGAAGGGUGAUGAAAAUGGAGAGCAGAGGACUAGGCCUCAGUCCUUUGCGCCUUAACACUAAGCCCACCUCUCUGUCCCCUUCUCCAGCACUGGGCCGUGCUUGCUGGGUCCAGGCGGGGUGGUUUUCAAUAUCUGUAAGCGUCUCAGCAGAACAAUAAAGCAUUUGGAGUAUGUUUCUGGGAGGCCAAGUUGUGUG